AUGGCGGCUAAGUACGGCCUAAUGCUACAUCAGAUGGACGCCAAGACAGCGUUUCUUAACGGCUCCCUCAACGAAGACAUCUACAUGGACCAGCCGGACGGAUACCUGGAUGCAACACAGCCGGACUAUGUGUGCAAGCUAAAGAGAUCACUCUACGGCUUGAAGCAAUCGCCUCGCAUGUGGAACCAAACAAUCGAUGGGUUCAUGAUCAAGAUGGGAUUCAAGAAGUGCGAAUCGGACCACUGCAUCUACAUCAAGCGAGACGACCAAGACGUGAUUCUCGUGGUGCUCUACGUCGAUGAUCUCAUCCUGGCCAGCAGCAACAACGAACUCCUCAAGUCGACCAAGAUGGCGCGAAGCAAACGCUUCGAAAUGACGGAUCUCGGUGAGCUCGAUUACUUUCUCGGCAUGGAGAUCAAGAACGACCGUAAGACGGGAAUGGUGACUGUGCAACAAACCAAGUUUCUCAAGUCCGUGUUGACCAAGUUCGGAAUGGAUAACAGCAAGCCAGUGAAGACGCCUCAAGAUCCCGGCCUGAAGCUAACCAAGAACAUGUGUGAACAAGAAUGCAAGCACGAAGACACCAUGUGCAACGUGCCAUAUCGAAGUGCUGUCGGAGGCAUCAUGUAUCUCAUGGUCGCCACACGUCCGGAUCUAGCUGCUGCAGUGGGAUCAUUAUCCCAGUUCUCGUCCGACCCAUGCCCGACUCACUGGCAAGCUUUGAAGCGUGUGCUGAGAUACCUGCAAGCAACGCCUAAUCAUGGUCUUGAGUUUACACGUGAAGAAGGAAGCCGUAUCUGCGGGUACACCGACGCAGACUGGGCCGGCGACAUUGAGUCAAGACGAAGUACAAGCGGCUAUGUGUUCAUGAUGAGCGGAGGAUGCAUCAGCUGGAAAAGCCAGAAACAACGGACGGUCGCGCUAUCUUCAACAGAAGCAGAAUACAUGGCGCUUUCCGAAGCAACCAAAGAAGCAGUGUAG